AUGAGGGAAAGCAGAUACCAUAGCAACAGGAAGGAUGUUGAUGAAGGAAGGCAGGAUACCACAGCAACAGAGAAGGAUGUUGAUGAAGGAAGGCAGGAUACCACAGCAACAGAGAAAGUUGUUGAUGAAGGAAGGGAGGAUACUACAGCAACAGAGAAGGAUGUUGAUGAGGGAAGGCAGGAUACCACAGCAACAGAGAAGGAUGUUGAUGAAGGAAGGCAGGAUACCACAGCAACAGUGAAGGAUGUUGAUGAGAGAAGGCAGGAUACCACAGCAACAGAGAAGGAUGUUGAUGAGGGAAGGCAGGAUACCACAGCAACAGAGAAGGAUGUUGAUGAAGGAAGGCAGGAUACCACAGCAACAGAGAAAGUUGUUGAUGAAGGAAGGGAGGAUACUACAGCAACAGAGAAGGAUGUUGAUGAGGGAAGGCAGGAUACCACAGCAACAGAGAAGGAUGUUGAUGAAGGAAGGCAGGAUACCACAGCAACAGUGAAGGAUGUUGAUGAGAGAAGGCAGGAUACCACAGCAACAGAGAAGGAUGUUGAUGAGGGAAGGCAGGAUACCACAGCAACAGAGAAGGGUGUUGAUGAGGGAAGGCAGGAUACCACAGCAACAGAGAAGGAUGCUGAUGAGGGAAGGGAGGAUACCACAGCAACAGAGAAGGAUGUUGAUGAAGGAAGGGAGGAUACCACAGCAACAGAGAAGGAUGUUGAUGAAGGAAGGGAGGAUACCACAGUAACAGAGAAGGAUGUUGAUGAAGGAAGGCAGGAUACCACAGCAACAGAGAAGGAUGUUGAUGAGGGAAGGCAGGAUACCACAGCAACAGAGAAGGAUGUUGAUGAGGGAAGGCAGGAUACCACAGCAACAGAGAAGGAUGUUGAUGAGGGAAGGCAGGAUACCACAGCAACAGAGAAGGAUGUUGAUGAAGGAAGGCAGGAUACCACAGCAACAGUGAAGGAUGUUGAUGAGGGAAGGCAGGAUACCACAGUUACAGAGAAGGAUGUUGAUGAGGGAAGGCAGGAUACCACAACAACAGAGAAGGAUGUUGAUGAAGGAAGGCAGGAUACCACAACAACAGAGAAGGAUGUUGAUGAGGGAAGGCAGGAUACCACAGCAACAGAGAAGGAUGUUGAUGAGGGAAAGCAGAUACCACAGCAACAGAAAGGCAUUAAGAGAGAAUUAAAUGAAAAAAUGGAUGAAGAAGUUAGGAGAGAAAAGGGAUGA